AUGUGCGCUUCUCUAUUAGGCUUCAUUGGAGCCUGCGCGCUUGUUUUGCCAGCUCUCACAUUCCCAGGUCCUUCGUCUACUUGGUGCGAUAUAGUAGAACAGCUUCAUUCAGUUCCUCCAGGGUGGACGCAGCAAGAAGAACCUCACCCUGAUACCCUUAUACAAUUUCGCCUUGCUGUUACGCAAGAAAAUGGAUGGCUGUUUGAGCAAGCAGUUCUUGAUCUCUCUACACCCGGACACCCGAAAUAUGGUCAAUAUAUGAAGCGAGAUCAGGUGCAGCAAUUCUUAAAACCAUUACCACAUGUCUCAGAAUCAAUUUUGUUAUGGUUGCAACAAGGAGGUGUUCCCAAGACGGCCAUUAUGGACCAUGGCGAUUGGGUUAACUUCAAAAUUUCUGUCGCGCAAGCUGAAAGUUUGCUUCGGACGAAAUUUUACUAUUUCUCGAACUUGGUUCGCGAUGUUCGGAUAAUUCGAACUCUGGAAUACUGUGUUCCCCCUGAAAUUUCUCCCUACGUCCACAUGAUCCAGCCGACAACGAGAUUUGGCCAACCCAAACCUGAUUCUGCUGGUAAUGGUGCUAUGCGACUCCUGGGGCUUGAUGAUUCUUGUUAUCCAGUCAAUUGUAGCCUUGCUGUUGCGCCAUCAUGUAUUCGGGAAAUAUAUAACAUGGGAAAUGUCACUGCUACCCCAGACCCUCGCAAUAAGCUUGGAGUGUCAGGCUACCUUGAGCAAUACGCAAGAUAUAGUGAUUUGGAUCUUUUCUUUCAAAAGUUUGUCCCGGAACUAAAAGGAUCCACCUUCCAUGUGGUUUCCAUUAACGGGGGAUUGAACCAUCAGAAUUCGAGCAAGUCAUCUAUGGAAGCCAGUCUGGAUGUCCAAUAUACACUUGGCCUUUCCAACGCAACCACGGUAUAUUACACCACUGGUGGGCUCGGUCCAAUGAUUCCCGAUCUGGAUCUUCCUGAUACAAACGCCAAUACCAAUGAACCCUACUUGGACCAAUUGCAUUAUUUACUCUCCCUUCCAGAUGGGGAGUUACCAGCCGUUCUUACCACUUCAUACGGUGAAAAUGAACGAAGCGUACCAGAGAAAUACGCAAAUUCGACAUGCAAUUUGUUCGCUCAGCUAGGUGCACGAGGGGUAUCAGUGUUAUUCUCCAGUGGAGACUCUGGCCCGGGAAGUGCUUGCCAAACUAACGAUGGCACAAACACAACCCGAUUCGACCCCAUUUUUCCAGCUGUCUGUCCUUUCCUAACAUCCGUUGGUGGAACACAAGGCGUAAACCCGGAGACUGCAGCGUACUUUUCCUCGGGAGGAUUUUCUGAUCGAUAUCCCCGCCCGGCGUACCAAGACGAAGCUGUUUCGACAUACUUAGGUCAACUAGGCAGUCGAUGGGCUGGUCUCUAUAACCCAGCAGGUCGUGGUUUUCCGGAUGUGGCAGCACAGUCCGCACAAUUUCACAUUGUUGAUCAUGGGGAACCCACUUACGCAUCAGGAACGAGCGCCUCUGCACCCGUAUUCGCAGCAGUUGUAGCCAUUCUCAACUCUAUCCGCCUUGCUGAAGGGAAGCCUGUCCUUGGAUUUCUCAAUCCGCUCCUCUACAGUCUUAAGGGUGCAGGUUUGAAUGACAUUGUCGAUGGCUAUUCGGAGGGAUGUACCGGCUUUUCCAGGGCUUCAGGUUUAUCUACGCCGUAUAUUCCCAGAGCUGGGUGGAAUGCGACGGUUGGGUGGGACCCUGUGACAGGAUUGGGUACGCCAAAUUUUGCGGUGCUUGCACAAAUAGUGAAGGCUUUAUGA